GACAGCAGCUGCAGGAUAUUGUCUCGACUUUGGCUUGGAAUUAUUUAAGAAUUAAUACAUCUGCUUUUUUCCCGUUAUAAGUGUGUGCCAAAAUCGUUGGACCGCGUUUUUUUGUUUAUUAUCAUCAAUAUUGACACAGGACAAUGGGCGUACUUCAGCGGUUGGACUCCGCCCUUGACUUUGAAGGAAUUGGCAUUCCCAUGUCGGUCCUUGCCAGUUUCUUAGGUUGGUUCUCUCUCUACUGCGUCCUGUGCUUGGCAAACUCUAAACGAAGCUAUGAGUGGCAUUGUCGAGUGGUCACGGGUGUUCAUGCUGUCGUCAUCUCGACCCUCAGUUACGUCUUUGGGAUGUACUACAAUCCUUGGUUCAUAACAAAUCCAGGUGGACGCAACAACAAUCUUGAGAUCCUCACUCUAGUGAUAUGCAUGGGGUAUUUCCUAUUUGAUUUCUGCUGGUGCCUCUGGUUUCGAGAGGAAGUCUUCAUGAUCGCCCAUCAUUUCUUGACCAUUGUCUGCAUCACCGCAUCGCUCGCCUUAGGGAUAUCCGGGACGGAGGUUGGGGCGGCCAUCUUUGGGUCAGAGGUCAGCAAUCCAAUGCUACAGGCGAGAUACUUCAUGCGAGAAACCGGCUACACCAAAACCCUGGUGUAUGAGGUCAACGACCUUGCCUUCAUGAUAACGUUCUUCGUCUGCCGAAUGGGGAUCGGGUCCUACUUCAUCUACUCCUAUCUGCGGCAUCCCGCGCCCCUCUUCAUCUUCCGGGUCGGUUCCAUCGGCCUCUACAUUGUCAGCUUGAUCUUCAUGUAUGGUAUAGCUCGUCUUGCCGUUAGGAAGUAUGGGGGAUUCCUCAAGAGGUUGGUGGGGGCGGAAGAGUCCCACGCCAAGGUCAGGAAUGGUGAUGCUUCCAAGCAGGUCACGGGAGGUCAAGUGAAAGGGGUCACGGAAGGUCAGCAGGUCACAGGAGGUCCGGUCAAAGAAGCGCAGGAAGGCCAGGGUAGUAUGCAACUCAAUGGGCAUGCAAACGAUCAUGAACACGUGGAUUAGUAUUUGUUAUGGGUCAGUAAGUGUGCAUUGCUCAAGAUGUGCAAUGGUAGAUACAAUGAAAUAUUCGAUAUAUUUGUGAGAACCAGCAUAGUGGACUGUUAUAGGAAGGUUCCGGGGACCAUAUGAACCUUGUCCGCACAGACAAGUUGUUAUCCUCUGACAUUUACAAUAUAGUAACAGUCAGAGAUAGGUGCUUGUCAGCCAAUUACAAAUUAAUAAUUCCACUGAAAUUUUAAAAAAUAGACAAUUUAGUUGGUGGUGCCAACUGUCAUGAAGCACCCCUUGAAAUUUCUACAGUUUCAUGAAGCAGACUCCAGGAGAGCAUUUUAUGAAGGGUCUUUUCAGUCAUUUGCUCUUAGCCAAUCAGAGACAAGGAUUUCAAUAGCUUAUAGCAGUAUUCAGUGAAAAUUGUAUUUCAUGAAAUUCUCCCCUGCAUCCCUUUGGCUUCAGAUCUCUUUUAAUUCUCAGUUUAGAGGAAAGAAUAUCAAGCCAGUCUCUCGUAACCCAAUUUGAUGCCCUUUGUCUCUUUCUUGGUAAUUCCUCUCUUUGCUCCAUAUUAAGAAUGCUUUCCCUUUCCUAAGUCAGGUUAUUGCUUGCUGUUAAUGUAUUUGAUGUCUUCAUCUUUAUAUCUUUAAAAUAUCAGGUUUCUGACAUCAAUGUGACAAUCCAAGCAAUGUUUUCAAGUUGCGUUUUUGUGUUGGGGGUAGGGUUGUUUCACAAGCAUGUGCUAAGUGAAAACGUGCAUAAUUACACAUGAUACCUAACACGGGUACGUGGCAUCUGCUCCGGCGACAGUUGCUCUCAUGGAAAAUCUGCACGUGAAGCCACCAAAACUGAAUAAACCAAGUCCUUAUCUUUACAUUAUUUUGAACAAAAAAACUCUUAUUGCAACCCUAACUCUAACCCUAUGCCUUUGAGAUAUUAAGACAAGCAAAUGUCGCAGGAGCAAAUGUUGUGUCUCCAUAUUACACAGUAAUUGGCCUUAUUAUCAGGGGUGUGAGAGUUCAGUUUUUUUUA